AUGCCGAGUAUAUCAGUGAGAAUUAAAUAGUUUUUGUUUAUCAAGAAUAAUUUAUUUCGACACUUUGAACGAAGUAAGAUCGGGACACAUUUCAAAGACGAUAUCAACAGACAGACAGCAUUUGAUCAAAGGUUACCGGCAAUAUUAUUUACGUCUCAGUUUUUCAUUUUUGUAAUUAUUAUUUAAAAUUUUUAAAUAAUUUUUUUAAUUUUCUUCAAUUAAAAAUAAUAUCAAGGAUUAAAUUUCUACGAAUUAAUAUUAAAAUUAUUUGGAAAUUCCAUGAAAAUAUUAAAAUGACUGAGGUUAUUAUGGAAAAAGCUGGAGCAAUGAUAAAUUCAUGUCUAAAUAUUAUUGUACAAGUACCACUUGGUCAAACAUUUUUUCGUCUGGUUGAUCGUUCACUCUGGAUCAUUGAAAAAUCAGCACAAUGGAGUUUGCCAAAUCAUGAAAUUCCAUCUGAUGAAAAUGGCAAAUCAUUUAAACAAAUGGAACUUGUUAGACCAUUACCAUGGAUAUUUUUUCUUCCUACACUUGUUGUUCUUAGAUUAAUAAGAAUAAGUUGGAACAUUGCUGCAUCUAUUGUUGGAUUUUAUAAAAUUGAACCAAGUGAUAUUGUAAAAUUUUUGCAAAAAAGUCGUAGAAGAUUACGUGCAAUCAAAUCAAAUGCAAUUAAAACAACAAGACAUAAAAGAUCAGGAAGUUUACAGACGAAAGCAAAUUUACGUUUUUCAAAUGUAAAUACAAGUUUAUUACGUAAAAUUCAAAGAGCAUUGUCCAGUCUUUCUUGUUUUGAUGCAUCAAAAAAUUUACAAUUAUCACCACCAACAACUAGAAUUCAAGUACGCUUAAAUGAAAUGGCUACAACACCAGAAGAAAAAACAACAGAGCCAAUAAUUCAAGAUAUUCAAAAAAAAAAGUAUAAUCAAGUUAAUGAUCCAACUGAUGAAUCUGAUGAUGAGACAAUCAAUAAAAAACAUGAUCGUUUAACAGUGGAUAAUAACUAUGAUAAUCAUAAUUUAAAUACAGAUAAUGUUUCAAACGCAGAGAUAAGUGCAGAUGAUGAAAAUGAAGAAAAUGAUUGUUCAGAUGGUGAAAUUGAUGAUUUACAAAAAGAUGUUUUGAGAAAUACUGAUAACGAUGAAAUAAGUGAAAGUGAUUUAACAUCAUUUGUUGGAUAUAAUGUUAAUUUUGAUAACAAAAAGGUUGAGCAUAGAAUUGAUGGUGAUUUAACAAAAAUGAUGUUAUCAAUGGAAAAUAAAGAAUUUUAUAGUCCGAUUAAAAAUCAAGAAGAUGGUGAUACAACAUUUUAUUCACCAAUCAGUUCACAAAGUGCAAGUCCAGAGUGUUUAAGUCCAACUACAACAAAUGUUAAUUAUCAUACAAUUGACAAGAUUUCAAUUUACGAAAAUGGAGAAGAUCAAAUUGAUGUUAUUGAUAUUAUUGAUUCAGAUUUUUUGGAUAAAAGUAAUGGUCAUGAUAAAAUAAACAAACAAAAUGAUCAAACAAUACUUAAACCAAUACCAAAAAAUAAACGUGGCGGUUUUGGUAAUCGUAAAAAAAAGUAAAUAAUUAUUAUCAUAAAAAUACAAAGUUUAACUAAUUUUUUUAUUCAUAUUAUUUAGAUUUAAAAAAGAAAUCAUUGUCAAUGAAUUAUUAUUAUUUAAUUUUUAUCUUCAUUUUUUUAAUGACUUUCAAAAUUAUUUAUAAAAAAAAAAAAUAUAUUUCAUAUUCAUCCAUACACAUACUUUCAUAAACAAUAAUAAUUUUUUUUUUUUUUUUGUUUUUUCUUAUCAAUUAAUCUGGUUUGUAUUUUUUUUUUUUUUUUUUUUAGUUGUAAGAUAAUUAAAUAUACAUAUUUUUGUUAAUAUUUAAAGAAAAAAAAAAAAUUUAAUAGUUGUUUAAUUUGUU